AUGGGUAAGAGGAAGUCCAGGACGAAGCCACCACCAAAGAGGAGGAUGGACAAGCUUGACACACUAUUCAGUUGUCCUUUCUGUAACCAUGGGACCAGUGUGGAAUGUCACAUUGAUAUGAAGAACUUGAUUGGGGAGGCUGUGUGCAGGAUAUGCCAAGAGAGCUUUAGCACAACUGUAACAGCUUUAACCGAACCCAUAGACAUGUAAGUUGGAAUUAUGGGAACCUUGGUUGCGUUAAUAUUUGUCAUUUUGAUUCAUUGUCUGUUCCUCUAUUCUUCUGACCUUGGUGUGUGGCUACAGAUAUAGUGAAUGGAUUGAUGAAUGUGAACGGGUCAACAACCUUGUAGAUGAUGGUGCUUAGGAGGGCAGACGCUUCGAACUAAAGCUGAGGCAAACAUGGAGAGCAUAUUUGUUGGGAUGAUGAUUUAUGAAAUGUAUUCAACUGAUCCUUUGAGCAAGGAGAUUUGAUCAUCUUAGCUUUUGAUGUCAUGGAUGCUACUACAAACAGAGGUACAGAACUGCUUAGUUCGUGUUAAGAUUGAAAGACAGCUAGGAAUGACUAGUUGCAAGGAAUUGGAAAGGUGUGGGAUUGUUCAUGCUUGUAAUGUGUUUUUUGUAUCUGAAGUUUGUGAAAGCUGAAACUCGUGCCAAGUAUAUCUGAAAGAGUAUCUUAUGUAUCAAUUCUCUUUUCGUAAUAUGGAUGUGGUAAAUUGUUACUCCUGAAUUUAAAUGUGGGAAUCAAUUUUCCCACAAUGGCUUAGAUUAUGUAUCACUUUCCUCUCUUAGAUCUUGCUCUAUUGGAG